AUGCAACGUCUUCACGAAGCCUUCGUAUUGGUUAAAGCAAACUUGACCCAAGCCAGGGAACAGCAAAGGACCCAGUACGACAAGCGGGCUCGUGAGCAAGCAUUCAACAUCGGUGACAAGGUGUUAAUCGACGUAAGAACGCCAAUGACAGGCACAAGCAAGAAACUCAUACCCCGUUUUAUGGGGCCAUACCGCGUCACAAAAAUCAACAACAACCACACCGUGGAAAUUCAAAAAUGCGUGGGAAAACAGACCCAGUUGGUGCACGUAAACAGGAUCAAACCCCUGUAUGAAUCUAUGAUCUGGAAGGAAGAACCUUGCGUGGAUUUCCAACAGAGUUGUGAUCACCCAAUACCACUGGAGCUCACCAACGAACUAGAAGUACCACCCCCAACGGAUGAAGAGUACGCUCCGCAGGAAGAACAGGAUCUGAUAGACCUCGACGUCGGUCCAUCUCCCUUACCAGAAGGAACGAUAACUUCAAACCUCCACAAAGGACCAAACAUAGACCUCUCUUUCACCCCGGAACGACUCUCUUUAACCACCGUAUCGUAUCUUCGAUUGCCUAGAUUAUUGUUGAUGUCCCUCCUCGCCCUCCUGUUUUUUACCCCCUUGGCUGCAGUUAAUACCACCGUGUGUAACUGUGAUGGUGCGGCAAACCUGGGAUUCCUGGAGUUCACGGAGGAAGACUGCUCUUUCGAAGCCGCCCCCACUCCACCGGUACCCAUUACGUACGCUAUCUACUCUACACUACCAGAAGUUAAACGCUUUGCUGGCCACACGUGUAGCAUGUGGGUAGCCACCACCACAGUGUACAAGGACUUCAUGCAAUGGAAUCAAGUGUCUUACAGCCACAACCCCAUCGAAGUGGACGCAGCAACGUGCCGAAGGAUGAGAGACACACGACAAUGUCGAGGAAAGGCGAUGGACAUAACAGGACCCAACUCGUUCGCCCUGGAAGGCCACCCAUUCGUGGAAACCAGUUGGCUUCGGACGGUGACAGAAAAGAUGACCAACUGUCGCCUCGAAGAAGUGACCUUACAGAGCGAAUGCCCGAACUGUACCAUCAGCUUUCCACUUGGUGACAUCCCUGGAGCAAUAAACGGAUCUUUCAAACACAACCUCGUGACCCUCGUCUGGGACGAUUCCUGGAAGGAAGCGAAGCCGUGUGACUUAAGGGUUAUCGAAAAGGGAAUGGGCAUCAAGUACUCGACCGAAAACGACACUACCUUCCGAAUUCGGGACCCAAUGAAGCAGCUGGAUUUUAUAUAUUCAAUGGUAAACAGUUCCGUCUGCGGAGGAGGAAACCUCACUGCCUACCAUUCGGUUCUAGGAAUGGACAGAGUCGUCAUCGCGGUUCGGGAAGCCGCCAAGGGAACCGAUCUCGUCGAGAUGAGGCCCAAAAACGCGGACGCCGUAGCCAAGAUGGCGCUAUCCGAAAUGACACGGUCGGAGAUCGAAUACGCCAGUCAUACACAAUACAUCAGAGACUUCGCAAUGGACAUUUCAAACCACCUGGCCCGAGAAAUUCGUAACCUACAAUGCGAAAGCCGGAGAACUGCCUUCCAUGCCGCUACAACGACUGCACAAUACGACGGAUGGUUAGCCGCUAAGCAUCUGGACCUUCCAUUAUGCACCAAGCUACUGGCGGUCGGGGCGUCCGUGUCCGUUUUGCUGUGUUUUUCCAGCAACGUCACCUUCGAGAUGGUUUACGCCAUGUGGAGCCCAACCUCGGUGGGGCAACCAGACCAUCAACGUGGAAGGUUGGGAGCUCACGAAGUACUCCGAUUGCUACUGGCACGCAAACUUCGUCAAUUUCAACGGCAAAGCCCACACCUUCAAGAACAACACCUGGAUGCCAAUCAACCCCAACCUAAAGAUACAAGGCCGCCGUCUCAUCGACACCAUGCCCCUGGAGGUCGAUAA